UCCAAUCCUCCAUCCGUCCAUCGGUCUCGCGUUGCUGUCCAAAUUGGCGCCCUUCGCUGUGGCAAUAAAUUAUUUGUGGUCUUUUAACAAUUGAUUUUCAUUCAUCCAAAAUCAACAUUCACCUAUAUUUACAAUGUCAACCUCGAAAGCAAUCCGUUCCUUAAUAACCCGUGAAAAUGUAUGGAAACAUCUCUUCAGGUCCACAAUAAAUCAUAAUAGCCACAAAUUCGAUCAAACUCGAUGCUUGAGUAGCCUUGCCGGUAUCCUGAAACCAUCAAUUAGUAGAGUAACAUACAAUAACCGGAAAGAUUUUGAUCUCGCAUCAGGAAAUUUGUACAAUAACACUACUAUAAAACGAGGGUUUCUUGGCUGCGGUGACGGUGAAGAAGGCGGUGUUUUAUCGAAGGUUUACGAAGAGAGGCGCGUGUUAGGGUAUUCUCCUGAGCAGUUAUUUGAUGUGGUUGCUGCCGUUGAUCUGUAUCAUGGGUUUGUACCGUGGUGUCAGCGGUCGGAGAUACUGAAACAGUACCCAGAUGGAUCAUUUGAUGCGGAGUUGGAGAUUGGUUUUAAGUUUCUCGUCGAGAGUUAUGUUUCUCAUGUAGAAUUAAAGAGACCGAAGUUUCUCAAGGUAAACCCAACUGCUUCUUGGUGUGAGAUUUGCAUCUAUUAAAUGUCUCUGAAUGAGAAUGCUAAUUGUGGAUUCAAUCAAGGAGUGUGGCUGAAAUUUUAGUGGCUCUUUUUGGCAUCGAAGUUCAGACUUGCAGGUAAAAGGAGGUAUAAAAAAUAAAAAAA